GGUAAGAACAUUCUCAAUCGUGCUAUUAAAAAAGGUACGGCCGAUAAUGACCGUUCUCAAUCGUGUUCUACCAGUGUAAGGGUAUAUCUGUCCGGUAAAAAAAGGUACGUAUAUGUAAGUUCAUACACGUUGGAAGACAGGUACGAUAUAAAAAAAUGUACUAUACUUUAUAUAACAUUAUAAGUUAACAAACUAAUGAUACUGUCUUAAAAAAAAAUUAAAAUAUCAUAAUACAUUUCAUUUUCAUAUACAUUUUAGUAUAAUAUUUCAAUAGUAAUUAUUGAAAUUCUCAAAUUAUUUUUAGUAAAUACGUACAUAAAAAUAAACUAAUAAGUCACAUAUAAACAAAAAUGGAUUUUUAAAAAUUACAUUGUUUUUCUCGCUUCAAUUUUGGAAAUAUCAGGUGUAUGGUUGUGUUCUUUUUCACUUUCAUUAAUAAUUUGACCAUAAUACGACCACGACAUUUUUUCGUAUUGCAUUCGAUACAUCGCCAACAACUGUUUUUGUAAAAUCUAUAAAAUAUCCGAUAUAGCACAGAAGGUCUCGAGCUUUUUCACUUUUAAUAACUUCGAAUUUAUUGUAAAAAUUAUAAUUUAAAAAAAAUUAAAAUAUUAAAUACAAUAAAUUGAAUAGUGUUCAGUAUCAUGCACGUGUCAACGUGUGAAAAUAUAGUAAAGUUAUCCAGCGAUAAGAACCUACAUCUACUUCUACGUUAUCGUCAUUGGAAUUUUAUUCUAAUAAAAACGAUUUAAUAACACCGCGCGUAUCGAUACGAUACGAAUGAUGCGGCAAAUAAAUAAUAUCAUUAUCUGAUUAUCAUCAAACCUGAAGAGUAAAGAUUAUCUAAUGGAUUAUAUAGGUAUUCGCAGACACUGCAAACGAAUUCAUUUCUAAUUUCGUCAUGUCGUGUACAAGAGUUUUGCACUUAAUACAGUGAAUUUUUAUGAACUUUUAUUCAGUUCAGUAUAAUAUUAUAGUACUCGAUUAGUCAAUUGUCUCACCACUUAAUUGUCGCAGCGCCUAAUUUUCAUUUUUCGCCGCGCUCAAUUGUUGGGAUACCAACAAAAAUCAGUCAAAAAUAUGCCAAAAAAGAAAAUGUUAUAAAUGAAAAAAUUGUAGAGUACUCAUCAAACAAAAACCAAAAGGAUUACGUUAAAAAUUUAUAAGUUUACAAAAUAAACCACAUAAAAUAAUUUUUUUUUUAAAUAUAUAACAAUAUCAUCCGAAUGUACCGUGUCCCUAAAAAUGUCCACCGAGCCCCACCGUGUGCAUGUCUAUGAUUGUACAGGUAUAUCUGCCAUCGUUUAUUUAUAUUCUGCGCAAAAUAUAUGAUGAGAUGGGAUGGACUGAAUAUAGAAUGUUCGUGUUGACUGUGCGCAUGAGCAGACUUCGAGAUAAUGCACUUCAACAAUUCGCGUACGGAACACUCGCAACUCGGUAUACGUAUAGUGUAUACAAUACGUAUCUGUCACCGCCAAUAAAAAAUCUGCAAAUAUACAAUACAAAUGAAAUCAUUAUAAUGAACUAUAACGAUUACGACGCAGUAUACGUAUAAAAUAAGACACGUGGUUAACAAUCGUUAUUAACGUUUGGAAUCUAACGACGCACUUGUGUUAUAUUCUGUGGUGAUACGCAGUCGUAGUAAUAGUUAUGAUUAUUAUUUUAUUGGUCACACAUAAGUACCUACAUUAAUGGAACGGUGGCGACGUCCAUUUGAAGCCGUUUGGAUUUCUACGUUUUUGGAUUGGCCAAUGUUUGGAUUACCGCAACGCUAUCACGAUUCACGGUGGCUAUCGCUAUCGCAGCAUGUGGACAACGACUCGGACCCAAUAAUGCGAUAACUACGAUAGCGACGGUGUGUUGAUGGCAAAGACGGUACGGGGGUACGGUGCAGCCGGUGCAGGCGGUAACCGGAUACAGACAGCAUUACCGGCAGGACGACAAUUACAUAGUAUCAGGCCCGUGCAGCACCUAUCCGAAGACUUACUCCUAAUACCUCUUUAACGUCUUCCAAUCCUGACGACAGAGUCCUGUCCGCAGUAACUUACACGUGCAUUCACGGCAUUCUGAUACAUUACACGCAUCGUCAGACGGGUUACCAAAACAGUUUUCGCGCAAAAAAACACGAAAUAAUCCCCUUUUAUAUUUUAUAUUACGACCGGGCACGGCCCCUAGUCGUAUUUUGCCGUUUUUCACCAAAAAAACUAAAUAUACGUAUUUUUAAGAUGGAAGCGCACUCGCGAUGCCUCUAAAAACGAUGUAGCGUGUACAUAGGACCACCGGACUUUCUUUCUGUAUCAAAAAAAUUUCGAAAAUCCAAAUAUUAAGCACCUAAGUAAGCUAAAACCACUUUUUUUGAAAAAAACUAGUAUGCAAGUUUUCGGGGUGAAGGAAUUAUUUUUUGACUCUGAUACUUUACACGCAUCGUUAGACGGGUUGCCGAAAUAGUUUUCGCGCAAAAAAACACGAAAUAAUCCACAUUUUUAUUUUAUAUUACGACCGGGCACGGCCCCUAGUCGAAUUUUGCCGUUUUUUACCAAAAAAACUAAAUAUUCGUAUUUUUAAGAUGGAAGCGCACUCGCGAUGCCUCUAAAAACGUUGUAGCGUGUACAUAGGACCGCCGGACUUUCUUUCUGUAUCAAAAAAAUUUCGAAAAUCCAAAUAUUAAGCACCUAAGUAAGCUAAAACCACUUUUUAAAAAAAAAACUAGUAUGCAAGUUUUUGGGGUACAUAAUGUCAUAAUUGUUUUUUUAUUAUAUUGUACAUUUUAUAAUUUUUAUAUUUUAAAUAAUAUACUUUUAUUUCAAUAAUAACAGCACGAAUGUGACACACAGAGAAAAUGCUACAAUGAGUAAGCCAGUAAGCUAUAUACUCGUGUCUCUAUAAGUCAACUACGCACUUUAUUCGGCCAUCCAAAGACUGGCGGCAUGGUGGUUGGCCGUAAAAGUGCGGUUAACGUGGCUGCCCGACAGUACUAAAUAUUACAAGGCGAAAGUAACACAUUACGACGGCGGCGGAAAUUUUCCACUGGUCAGGGUUGCUGCGGUCAACGGCAAUUCCAAUCAAAUUACCGGCCGGCGUGGCAAGCUGCAGAUUGAUAUGUAUCAUGUAUUAUGUAUAUUCCGAGCGCAUGCCGAUGCAAAUUAAUGUGCCCCGUUUAGUCUGCGACACGAUGUCAGUGAUGUACUCAUGUCACCACAUAUAUAUUCAUAUCGUCACUACAGACACGGUCAGGAUAUAUGUAUAUAAUAUAUAUGGAUCUCGUUCAGUACCGUGUCGUGUCACCGCAACUAGACGUCGUCACUGCAGCCCUCAAAGACAUGUGCGACCGUUUGCUGGAUUUUACACUAUGACAAUGUACUCAAGCGAUAGCAGUAGGAUACACAACAAUGCGUCGGAGUUUACCGCGCAAGCUUCAGCUCAUAUUUUGGAACGUUCUUCAACGUUCGCUCUCAAUCGCAAUGAUGACACUGACACCGACCAUCCGUUACUCGACGAAUUGAACAUCAAUGGCUACAAUGAAAUUAAACAACUUAUACAAAAAACAUUUCCCAGCUGCGAUGUUAGUAAGAUAUGCCAAGUCUACGCCCCGCAGAUGUAUGGCAUGUAUUUGCUGCGCAUGGAAGAAAUUAAAUUGAACGUUGGCCGAAGUGUUCGAGAAAAAUUGCUAUACCAUGUGACCACCGAGUCCAGAGCCAUGGAGUCACUGAACAGCGGACUGGACUGGAGACGCACCUGUCAACAAUUCGGAUGCGGUGUUUCGUUCAGCGACAAUGCGGAUUACGCUAAUUAUUAUGCUGACAAUUCUCCCAGCGAAGACACGCGGAUCAUCAUGAUAUGUUGUGUGCUGGUUAGAGAGACGUACGUGGUCCACGGCCAAAACAAUGGGAACGCCUUAAUCGUACCACCUAAUAAUGCGGACACGUCGGUGAGCUAUACCGGUCACGUGUACGUUAAGUACAACGAUAAUGAAUUUUAUCCACUGUACUUUGUGUACUAUCUGCGGAGACCUGAACACCGGACCACAAGCAAAUUUUACCGCGCUAACAACCGCCGCCGGACCCGUAUGGUAUCUAGGUGUACCACAGACAGCAAGUGCAAUGUCAAUAAGAUACGUCAAGUCUACGCCCCGCAAAUGUACGGCAUGUACAUGCUGCGCAUGGAAGAAAUGAAAUUGGACGUUGGAAGUGUUCGAGAAAAAUUUCUAUACCAUGUGACCACCGAAUCCAGGGCCAUGGAGUCGCUGAACAGUGGACUGGACUGGAGACGCACUUGUCGCAACAAAUUCGGGUGCGGUGUUUCGUUCAGUGACGACGCCGAUUACGCAAAUUAUUAUGCCGACAAUUUUUCCAGUGAAGACACACGAGUGAUCAUGAUGUGUCUCGUGCUAGAAAAUAAAACGUACGUGGUUCCUAGACAGUACCAGGGGAGCACCUUGGUUAUACCACCCAACCAAGCGGACACGACCAUGAGCCAUAACAAACGCGUGAUCGUAAAGUACAACGAUAAUGAAUUUUAUCCACUUUACUUUGUGUACUACCAGCGGAGACCUGAACACCGGACCACGAGCAAAUAUAACCAUGCCAACAGUCGCCGGCUGCAAUUAGAGGAUGCAAUAGAGGCUAUGAAUAUCUAUGACGACCCAUAUGGAGGCGAACCUUCCUACUUCAGCGAUACAUACGAAGAGCUACAAAGUCAAUACAACGACGAUUACUGA